AUGUCCCGCGCCGCGUCUCGCUCAGGAUCCAGACGGACCUCACCAGAAGUGCGCAACUCACUCGCCUACCGUCACAGUGUAUCCGCUGGGCAGUAUGCCGCCGGCGACAGCUCGGAUGAGGAGGUUCCCGAACCCAAGUUCAGCGCGUCCGUCAAGGCCUUACUCGACGAAGACGGACUCGACCUGUCACCGCGCUUACGCAACAAAAACCUGGGCUCGGCAGGUUCAAGCCAAGAGAGGCGCUCGCGCACCACCUCGCCCCUUGAGCAGUCGAAUGGAAGCCCCGCGCCCCGGGUGGUUCGGAUCGCUCCCUCGCUCAGCGGCCGGAGAGAAAGCUCGCCGUUAACACAGACCGAAAACGCCGAACAUAGCGAACGAAACCACGUACAGAAUGAUUUCAUUACGCCCGCACCGCGCACACGGAGCGUCCGUAUCAAUGCAUCGCGCAGCAACACCCGGUCGCCUGCAUCCCUGUCGCCGUCCCAGAGGCGAUCGGCCGAAAGGAGCUACAUCGACGACCAGGAGCAUGGGAGCGCGACACGCUCAGGGGAGAAAAGCUACGACGAUGACUAUGCUCCGCGGCUGGGUACCGCAUCCGUGCUCCGCACGCGAAACAUUGAAGAUAUGGGCAUGCACAGCUCACUGCGCGUCAAACGGGUCGGCCGACUGACCGGUACUUUCCUCAAUGGGCCUGCGCGGAGAGGGGUAUUACGACGCCAGAGUGAAGAAAACGAGAUCCGAGAGACCGAUUAUGAUGAAAAUAACGAUAACGACCACUACCACUACAAGAAUACAGCGAAAUCCUCCUCCCCCAAAGUCUCGUGGGCCGACCCGAGCCCGCCGACGAGAAGCGAGGAACGCCGUGACCGACACCGCGACCGGGAUGUCAUUGGCGACGGCUUAUUUUCCAGAUCGUCUUCUCCGAAGUCGUAUGGCUCCCACUCCAAGUCCACCCCUGGCUCUUCGUCGGAAAUGUCAUCGAAACCGUCGAGCGCCAAGGACCAGCCGGUAUUCAAAGUACCUCCCCCGCCAACGUUACCUUCGAAUCGUGACCAGGAAAAUGAGCCACCACCGACCUUCAAGCGGGUCAAACCGCAAGGUUUCAACCUGCUUGACAAACCUGUGGUCUACGAGGAAGAAAAGAAGGAGAAGGAGAAGGAGACGCCCGCAGACCGGAAAAUCCUAGCCACGCGAAGCAACAAUACCCCUCAUCGACCAGCUCCGCCUCCCCCCAAAAUGUCUGUUCUGGAAACUGCCACAGCUACCGGUGGAGCAGCUACAGCAUCUCAGUCUCGCAAGAAGCGCAAUCAAGUUUCAGUGAACCACAAGCCUUUCACACGGCUAGAUUGCGUUGGCCGUGGAGGAAGCUCUCGUGUCUAUCGUGUGAUGGCUGAGAAUUACAAGAUCUUUGCCCUGAAGCGCGUUAAUCUCGAAGACGUCGACCCCGUGACUUUGGCCGGUUACAAGGGCGAGAUCGAUCUGCUCAAGAAGCUUGAGAACCUGGACCGCGUCGUGCGUCUCUUUGACUGGGAGUUGAAUCAGGAUAAGCACACUUUGAGUGUACUGAUGGAAAUCGGUGAAUCCGACCUUGAAAAAGUGCUUACUUAUCGACUGAACGCGGAGGAUGCACGAUUCGAUAUCAAUUUCACCCGUUACUACUGGAAGGAGAUGCUCGAAUGCGUACAAGCAGUACAUGACUACAAUGUCGUGCACUCCGAUCUGAAGCCUGCCAAUUUCCUGCUUGUUCAGGGCCGACUGAAGCUCAUCGACUUUGGUAUUGCAAAUGCAAUCCAGGACAACACUGUCAAUGUGCAUCGCGAGCAGCAAGUGGGAACGCCGAACUACAUGUCCCCCGAGGCUCUGAUUGACUCCAACGCCUCCCUCGGCUUGCCGGCAAGCGUGGGAAAGAUGAUGAAGCUGGGUAAACCCAGCGACGUCUGGAGUCUCGGAUGCAUCCUGUACAAGAUGGUCUACGGCCAGCCCCCGUUCGCCAAGAUCGCCAAGUACUACGAACGUAUCCUGGCCAUCCCAAAUCCCAACGUGAAGAUCGACUUCCCGGCCUUCGCGAUAGGAGGCGUCCCCGUACCCCCCGGUCUGGUUCGUACCUUGAAACGAUGCCUUCAAAGAGACCAGACCCUCCGGCCCACUGUCGAAGAGCUCCUCAGCCAGCGCGACCCCUUCCUAUACCCCGACGCGCAGCUCGAGGCCGCAGUCCCCGUCACGCAAGAUAUGCUCAACCGGAUUCUGGUCAAUGUGGUCAACCACUGCCGUGUCCGCGGCAUCCCGAAGGACGAGGAGCUUGCCGCCUGGCCGGCCGGUUUCUUUGCCAAGAUCAAAUCAGCCCUAGAAGAGGGUCCCUAG